AUUGGUACCGCGAGAACGAAAACGUAUGUGCAAGAGCACUCUGUAGUCGACCUGGUAAAGAAGACAAUGGAGCUCAAGCCCACCAACAUCUCAUUUACAAAUAUGGUCUCAGUAGAGGAGAGGAUCACUUACAAGCCGCACCCCCAGGACCCAGAGAAAACUGUCCUGACCCAGGAAGCCAUCAUCACCGUGAAAGGGGUCAGCCUCAGCAGCUACCUUGAAGGACUCAUGGCAAGCACCAUAUCUUCCAACCCUAACAAAGGCUGGGAAGCAAUGGAAUGGGUGAUCCAUAAACUGAAUGCCGAGAUUGAAGACUUGGCAGCAUCAGCAAGAGGAAGCCUACGGAUGCCGAUGGCAGCCGCGGCAGCUUUGGUGGAAAAAUGA